AACACUGAAGUUAUGUCAAACAAGUAAAUAUUGAUUUGUUAGUGUCAUAUCAUUUUAUAACAACAAGUAUUUUUAGAUUAAAGUGAUAAUAAAAGAAUAAAAAGUGUUUUGUGAAGAAUGUCGCGUAAAGCUAUUCUCCUCGAUAGUGUGCAGUACAAUUAUGAAUAUUUUCAAGCCAAUAACGUUUGUAGAUUAUGUUGGAGUCUAGAUGCCAGUCGAGAUAUAUCAAGAGAUUCAAAAAUUGAAGUAAAUAGUCCACUUUAUGACAAAAUUAUGUAUUGUUUAGACAUUGAUAUUACGCAUAACAGUAACGUGAGCAAAAUAUGUUGCAACUGCAUUGAUGAAAUUGAAAGAUUUUAUGAAUUUAAGUUGUUUUGCCAUGAGACCGACGCGAGACUUCAACAGGUAAUUCAAGGCGAAACUGAUGGUGACACAAUGGCAAUACAGAUUGAACAUUUAGAAAAUAUCAAUUUGGAACUCUGCAGUGAAGACAAUGAAAUGGAAAUGUUGGAGAAAACAGAAUCAAUACCUCCAGUUACAAUAAUUGAAAACAGAGAAAAAAUAUUUGAUGACAUUCAAUCAGUUACAGAUGCGACACAAUUAAGAAAUAGCAACAAGAAAUCUAAUUAUAUGAAAAAGAAGACAGAACUAUCUGAUACAAUUAAAAAAAAAAGGGUAAACAAAGGCAAAAGAAUAGUAACAUUCUGCACUGUAUGUUGCUUAGAAUUGGAGACUGUGGAGAAAUUGUCAGAGCACAAUGCAAAUAUCCAUGGAGUUGAGGAAAAUGGAACAUCAUUAAAAUGUUUUGGUUGCGAUAAGAGGUUUAGAUCUAAAAAGACACGAGCUUGUCAUGAAUUAAAGUUCUGCAAGGAAUUGAAAGAUGGGUAUAAAUGUGGUGUUUGUGGGCGUUUUCUGCCUUUCCGGACCAUGCAUAAGAAGCACAUGCAGUACCAUUUGCAGCACCAGAGCACCGACCUACCUGAUGAUAUAUUCAAAUGUAAAAAGUGCAACAGUCGAUUUGAAACUAAUGAGAGUCUCGCCAAACACAUGGUGGAACAUGAAGUCAAGAAGAACUUUGUGUGUGAAACGUGUGGUCGAGUGUUCACGCGGCACGACUAUCUGUACAAGCACAUGCUGACGCACACAGGCGUCAAGCAGCACAAGUGCCCGCACUGCGACUUCCAGGCAGCGCAGCGAUCUUCUCUCACCGUACACCUGAGGAAGCAUACGGGCGAGCGUCCGUACAGCUGCGACAUGUGCACGCUGCGCUGCGUGUCGAGAUCCAACCUGAACGCGCACCGCCGUCGCCAUCUCCUUAUCAAGAACUACGAGUGUUCAAUUUGCAACAAGAAGUUUGGAUACAAAGUAAGCCUUGAAGAACACAUCGCUUCAUUUCAUGAAAGAAUCGAGCUUCAUCCAUGUGAGCAUUGUGGCGCCACCUACAGUCGAAUUAGGGGCUUACGGCGACAUCUCGCGACUAAACAUGGGAAACGAAACAAGCAAGAAGAGGAGAAGAUAACUGAAGUUGUGGUUGAAAAUGUGCACAACGAUCAAGAAAAGGAACCUAUUAUAAAAAAUUUGAGAUAUGAGCUCAAAGAAGGUGAUUUGCUAAUGAUCAAGAAUCCAGAUUGUGAAAUUUUCAUGUCGUAAGAUGCAAAAAAAAUAUAUGUUCAGAUAAAUAAUAAGUAAACUUGUAAAAAGCAUUGGCGGAUUUUUUUUAUAUUCCAAUCAAUUUCACUAGUUACAUUAUGUCAUUGUACCUAUGUUUACUCGAAUAAGUAAUUUAUUGCCAUAAAUGUACGUAAUAACCGUG